GUGCUGCUGCUGCUGCUUUACUGUGCGCUCUCUCCCCCCAUCCCCUUCUCGUCGUGAAGCUUCCCAAAAUGGCGAAAUCGCCGGCCGAUCGGAGCCCAAUCUGAGCCUGGUCACCCCGCAACAGCGCCUUUCUGGCCCGAUCUCCCGAAUCCCCAAAAGCGCCCGAGCUGAAAAUGGCCGCCACUGUCCCGAUCGGGCUCGCGACGCGCGAUUCGGCGGUGCUUUGGCCCGGGGGCUGCAGGUUUUGCGAACACUGAGCCGUGCUUACUCUGGUGCGUGCUCUGGUGUCCCGCAGAGAGAGCUGCGUCCUCUGGGGUUGGUGGCGAUGCACGAGGAGAUGGGCGGCGUGGGAGAGGACGACGAGUUUGAGGCGCUGCUCCGCGGCGGCGGCGGCGGCGGCGGAGCGCGUCGGCGAGGCGAGGAGGCCAGCGUUCCGGAGCGGGGGCUCAGCAUGUUCCGGAGCGGGUCGGCGCCGCCGACCAUAGAGGGUUCGCUGAACGCCAUCAGCGGCCUUCGCCUCGGCGGCGGCGAGGCGACCCGGGCCGCCGCCGCCGCCGUUCCUGAUGCCGAGGAGUUGAACGGGCAUGGUGGACUCCUGUCGGAGGAGGAGCUCCGGGCUGACCCUGCCUACCUGUCGUACUACUACUCGCACGCCAAUCUUAACCCCAGGCUGCCGCCGCCGGUCCUAACGAAGGAGGACUGGCGGUCAACACAGCGGCUCAAGGCAGGGGUGGUCGGUGGGAUUGGGGACCGGAGGAAGACGGUGCAGGAGGAGGCUGCACCGGGGAUGUCGCUGUUCCCGCAGAAUCCUGGUUUUGAUCGGGAUGGCGAUGCGAGGAAGGCUGCCGGCGGUGCUGGAGAGUGGGUGGAUAGAGGAGGUGAUGGGCUCAUUGGCAUAUCAUUAGGACGGCAACGCAGCUUUGCUGACAUGCUUCAGGAUAACCUUGGUCACAGAACACCUACUUCAGAGCACCCCUCUCGUGCAACCAGUCGCAGUUCAUUUCUUGACAACCAGGAGCCACUUAAUUAUUCGGAGAACCAAUACUCUAUGCAUAAUGACACUUUGGAUGCACGUCACUCUGUUGGAAAUGCGCAAAGUGUCAGUGGCUUUUCCAAUAUUAAUGCAUCUGCAUCUCAAACUUUUGCUUCUGUUCUGGGUUCAUCGGCUUCAAGGAAUGCUACACCAGAUCCUCAUUAUGUCCCUAGGGUUCCUAGCCCUGGCCUUCCACCUGUUGGUGUUAGGGUUGGUUCUAAUGACAAGAGACUGAAUGGCUCGUCAUCAUCGUUCAACACAGUUUCCUCAAAAGCGCUUGAGCCUGAUGAUAUCUUAACUGCACUAUCUAGCAUGAACUUAUCUAAAGGUGGUACUCUGAAUGACAAUAACAACAUUAGCCAACCAACGUUUCAGAGAGAGAUAAGCGAUCACCGUAAUUUUUCUCUUGCCCCGCAAGUUGCUCAAGUCAACAAUAGGCAACAUUCUGUUAUGUUGGAAGCGGGGGCUGAAUAUUUGGGUAUACCAUCAAUUUCACAACCAUCAAAUUCUUCAUUUGCUGAUGUUAAUACUAAUGCCACUAAUCUAGCAGACUUAAGAAAUCCCACUGACACACAAUUUGAUGGACAUGGGGAGAUGCAGAGGUCUUCUACUCUUUCUGCUCGCUCAUAUCAGAAGUCACCACCAUCUUCUAAUGCAACUCCAGGUGGUUCUCCUGCUCAACAUCAGAAUCUUGAUGGAAUGAAUCCAGCAUUUUUGAACUAUGGGCUUGGUGGAUAUCCACUCAAUCCGGGUUUCAACUCUGCGAUGAUGAAUUAUAUGGGUUCAGGUAGCAUGUCUCCUGUGUUUGAAAGUGCUGCUGCUGCAUCUGCUAUAGGCUCACUUGGGCCAGAUUCAAGAAACUUUGGUAACAAUAUUCUAUCGCCACCUACCUUAAGUCUAUCAGAUCUGCAUAACAUUGGUAGAUCCAAUAAUCAAACUGUCAGUGGUCUUCAGUCGCCUCUCUCUGAUCCGUUUUAUGCACAGUACUUGAAGGCAGCUCAAUAUACAGCGCAGGGAGCAGCCAGCUUCAGUGAUCCUUCCUUGGAAAGAGGUUUCAUGGCUAGUUCAUAUGCUGAUCUAACACCAGUUCAGAAAGCCUAUGUUGAAGCUUUACUUCAGCAGAAGCAAUAUGGAAUGCCAGUUCUAGGUAAAUCAGCAGUCUCAAAUCAGGGUUAUUAUGGCAAUUCGGCUUUUGGCAUGGGCAUGACGUACCCUGGAAGCCCUUUGGGAAGUCCUGUUGCUUCCCCAUCAGGUCCUGGUAGUCCAUUUAGGCUUGGUGAGCGGAACCCGAGGUUUCCUACUAACAUGAGAAGCUUGAGUGGUUGGAACGCUGAUCCUAGUGGCUACAUGAAUGACAACUUUCCUUCUUCUCUUUUGGAUGAAUUCAAAAGCAAUAAGGCCAGAAGUUUUGACCUUGCUGAGAUUGCUGGGAAUGUGGUUGAGUUCAGUGCUGACCAAUAUGGAAGUCGUUUCAUACAGCAGAAACUGGAAACUGCGACAGUUGAGGAAAAGAACAUGGUUUUUGAGGAGAUCAUGCCUCAUGCUCUCUCAUUGAUGACUGAUGUCUUUGGGAACUAUGUAGUGCAGAAGUUUUUUGAGCAUGGGAGCUCCUCACAACGCAGGGAGUUGGCUGAUCAACUGUUCGGACAUGUACUAGCUCUCAGCCUUCAGAUGUAUGGCUGUCGAGUUAUCCAAAAGGCAAUAGAGGUGGUUGACCUAGACCAGAAGACAAAAAUGGUUACUGAGCUUGAUGGUCAUAUCAUGAGAUGCGUGCGUGAUCAAAAUGGAAACCAUGUUAUCCAGAAAUGUAUUGAAUGUAUACCAGAAGAUUCGGUUCAGUUUAUUAUCUCGACAUUCUACGGUCAAGUUGUUCCACUGUCCACUCACCCCUAUGGCUGCAGAGUCAUACAGAGAGUGCUGGAGCAUUGCACUGAUCCAAAAACACAGCAAAUUGUAAUGGAUGAAAUAUUGCAAUCUGUAUGCAUGUUAGCACAAGACCAAUAUGGAAAUUAUGUUGUCCAGCAUGUUAUGCAGCACGGGAAGCCUGAUGAGCGAUCUUUCAUUAUUGAAAAAUUAGCUGGACAGAUCAUUCAAAUGAGCCAACAGAAAUUUGCCUCAAAUGUUAUUGAGAAGUGUUUAACAUUCGGAGGCCCUUCAGAGCGGGAGGUUAUCAUAAACGAAAUGCUUGGAACUACUGAUGAAAAUGAACCUCUCCAGGCCAUGAUGAAGGAUCAGUUUGGUAACUAUGUUGUACAGAAAGUACUAGAGACUUGUGAUGAUCAGCAGAGAGAGUUGAUUCUUUCACGAAUAAAAGUUCACCUAAAUGCGCUGAAGAAAUAUACAUAUGGGAAGCACAUCGUUGCUCGAGUAGAAAAACUUGUUGCUGCUGGUGAGAGGAGGAUUGGACUUCAGUCACAGUAUCCUUCGUAGUGGCAUAGAAAUGACCUUGUACAGCUAACCAUGGCUGCCCAGAUCUACCUUCUGCUGCUUGCUUUGGGCUGCUGCAAGCCAAGUUGAAAAAAUAAAUAAACAUGUUGUACUCAGAACUUUGUACAUUUUGUAGUUUGAGCAUAUUAGUAGUGCAAGGGUUUGGCUCAGAGUUUGUUUACCUGAUGCCGCUGCAGAGAAGAUAGGCAUCCUGUACAAGUUAUUUAGGUGUACAAAAAGGAGGAAAGGCUAUUUUGCGAGACUGUACAAAUCUGCGAUCCUGAGAAAUCUACCGGCUGUUUAUUUAGGAUAAAGUUUUAUUGCUGUCCCAUGUUCGUAAGAAUGCUGUCACAACUGAUGUAAUGGUUCCAGCUUAUCCAGUUAGUUUUCUCUGUU